GUCUCUUUCUUCAGUUCCCACAUCCAUCGCGUCAACCUCAGCCUUCAAGUCCCGCCGUUUUGCGCGUCGACGCGCAUCCAAAUCACUUCAAAACACUGAGCACAAACUCAAGAUGCCUCGGGAGAUUGUGACGGUACAACUUGGCCAAUGUGGCAACCAGAUGGGUUCCGUGUACUGGCAACGGCUCUGUGCUGAACACGGAAUCAAUAAGGAAGGGAUAUUGGAAGAAUGGGCAACCGAGGGAGGUGACCGGAAGGACGUCUUCUUCUAUCAGGCCGACGACGAGCAUUACAUCCCGCGUGCCAUCCUGGUGGACCUAGAACCUCGCGUCAUUCACGGUAUCCUUUCAUCACCAUAUGCCAACUUGUACAACCCAGAGAACAUCUUCGUUUCAAAAGAUGGUGGAGGUGCCGGUAACAACUGGGCACAGGGAUACUCCGCAGGAGAAAGGAUAUACGAGGAGGUCAUGGAGAUGGUUGACAGAGAAGCAGAAGGCAGCGACUCACUGGAGGGCUUCAUGCUUAUGCACUCAAUAGCAGGCGGGACAGGCUCUGGAUUGGGUUCCUUCCUCCUCGAGCGACUGAACGACAAGUUCCCAAAGAAACUCAUUCAAACAUACUCCGUAUUCCCGAACGCCCAAGAAGGCGAUGUAGUCGUGCAACCCUACAAUGCUCUAUUGACGCUCAAGCGACUUACGAACCACGCUGACUCUGUUGUUGUGCUCGAUAACGGCGCGCUAGCGCGGAUAGCUGCCGAUAGGUUGCAUGUCCAGACUCCGUCAUUCGACCAAACAAAUCAAUUGGUCUCAACGGUGAUGGCGGCCAGUACACAGACACUUCGAUACCCCGGCUACAUGAACAACGACCUUGUCGGCAUCAUUGCUUCCUUAAUCCCGACACCACGGUGUCACUUUCUCAUGACUUCAUAUACCCCAUUCACCAGCGAUCAGAUCGACAAGGCGAAGACCAUUCGACGCACAACCGUGCUCGACGUCAUGCGCCGGCUCCUCCAGCCCAAGAACCGCAUGGUUUCGACAACACCAAGCAAGACCGCCUGUUAUAUCUCCAUCCUCAACAUCAUCCAGGGUGAUGUCGAUCCGACAGAUGUACAUCAAUCACUGCUUCGAGUCCGCGAGCGUCAACUAGCCAACUUCAUCCCUUGGGGCCCAGCCUCCAUUCAAGUCGCACUCACACGCAAAUCACCAUACAUCAGCACCGCGCAUCGUGUCAGUGGACUCAUGCUUGCGAAUCACACCAGUAUUGCCUCUCUGUUCAAACGUAUGAUCGAUCAGUUUGACAAGCUGCGCAAGCGCAACGCCUUCAUCGAACAAUACAAGAAAGAAAAAAUAUUCGAGAACGGAUUGGAAGAGUUCGAUGAUGCUAGAGCUACUGCGGAGGAGCUUCUGAAGGAGUACAAGGCUUGCGAGAGUCCCGACUACAUCACAUAUGGUUCUCAGGACGCGGAGCAAGCAGCAUAGCAGAAUGCUGCUCCAGAACUGCAUCAUGUCUCGUCGUGCAACUAGUGUUGCACUGUACAUCAGUCUAUCGUACAAAGCCGUAUGCGACCGGCCCGCGAUACUACGUCUGCAUGACUGAGUAUCUCAACGGAGAAGUACGUCUUCCUCCGAUACGUUUCAACCAUUCUUUGUGCAGGUCGUGGCGCUAUCACACUCUCCGAAGCUCAGUGAGUCUGAGGGAGGCCCCAUAUCCUCUACAGUAUUCAACUUUGCCCGCUCGGGUUGCGAUCGCGCCGAUUUUUUCAAACGUUCGCUUGCCGCUAUUGAAUAAAGAGAAGAUCCAUGUCCGAAUGUG